GAAAUGCACAAUUUUGAAGAUGAGUUAACGUGUCCCAUUUGUUACAGUAUUUUUGAAGAUCCUCGUGUAUUACCAUGCUCUCAUACAUUUUGUAGAAAUUGUCUGGAAAAUGUUCUUCAGGCAUCUGGCACCUUUUACAUAUGGAGACCUUUACGAAUUCCACUCAAAUGCCCCAAUUGCAGAAGUAUUAUUGAAAUUGCUCCAACUGGCAUUGAGUCUUUGCCUGUUAAUUUUGCAUUAAGGGCUAUUAUUGAAAAGUACCAGCAAGAUGAUCACCCAGAUAUUGCCACCUGCCCUGAACAUUACAGGCAACCCUUAAAUGUUUAUUGUCUGCUAGAUAAGAAAUUAGUCUGUGGACAUUGCCUCACCAUUGGUCAACAUCAUGGUCACCCUAUAGAUGAUCUUCAAAGUGCCUAUUUGAAAGAAAAAGACACACCUCAAAAGCUGCUUGAACAGUUAACUGACAACUACUGGACAGAUCUUACACAUUUUAUAGAAAAGUUAGAACAACAAAAAUCUCAUUCUGAAAAAAUGAUCCAAAGUGACAAAGAAAUUGUUCUCCAGUAUUUUAAAGAGCUUAGUGAAACCAUAGAACAGAAAAAGAAAAUUUUCCUAACUGUUCUCUGUGAUGUUGGAAAGAUGAUUAAUCAAGAAUAUACUCCACAAAUUGAAAGAAUGAAAGAAAUAAGACAGCAGCAGCUAGAAUUAAUAACACUGACAACAUCUUUGCAAGAAGAGCCCCCGCUUAAAUUUCUUGAGAGGGUGGAUGAUGUCCGCCAGCGUGUUCAGAUUUUAAAACAAAGACCACUUCCUGAGAUUUACCCUAUUGAAAUCUGUCCUCCAGUUAGCCAGGUAUUGCAAGAAGAAUGGUGCAGAACAGAAAUUGGACAAAUUAACACAGUCCUCAUUCCAGAAAUGAAAAUUUCUUCAAAAAGGGUGCCAUCCUGGCCUGAUAAGGAUGAAAAAGAAGUUGAAUUCUUUAAAAUUUUAAACAUUGUUAUAGUUACACUCAUUUCAAUGAUACUCUUGUUGAUACUUUUUUUUAACCAGCACAUAAUCCUCUUCUUAAAUGAAAUAACUUCAAUAUGCUUUUAUGAAGUGUCUCUUUCUGUUUAUCAAAGUUUUUCUAACUAUCUGUAUGAUUUAAAGGAUAGAUUAUGUCACAAUUUCUAUUUGCUGAAGGAAUACAUGGGGAAAAUAGUUUCCCAGUGAAAAGU